ACGUCAACUCAUCCCCAGUCAGUAUUUGUUUACAGAGGGGGGCCGCUUGUUGCUGUAGCUCAACCAUCCCGGCUGUGAGAUCAAACAAGACUCCAUUUAUACCAGAGAGGGAGAAAGGCAGGGUGGACGGAGAGUCAGAGGUGGGGGUCAAAUAUUACAGACAGAGAGGGGCAAGCCAGGCUGAAAUUAACAAGGCCAGAGACAUGAAACUGAUCAGGUUCAUUGAGAAACUGGUGACAGCGGGAGGCCGAUUGUAACCAGCGCUGGAUACAAGGGACAAAAUGUAACAUUCUUCGGUCGAUGUAGCGGGUUCAGAGGUUGGACACAUUUUGUUCUCCUAUCUCGCUAACCUCUGGACUCUUGUCGGUGAGAUGGCUUUUUUAUUGAGCUAGAAAUCUCCCCGUUGUACAGACCGGCCGGUGAUCUGCUCCCAACCCCGCACAGCCCGGCUUUUAUUCAUUUAUUUUUGUUUCGUGUGUGUGUGGCUGUUUGCUGUUGCAAUGCUGGUGGGUUCCCCGAGGUCGGAAGGCGGGUCGAUGCGGCGGCUCUGGAGCCGGGCAGGGGCGAGCCGGGUGUUUCUGUGGAAUGCCUUUCUCCUGGGCUGCCUCCUCCCUUCGGAAAAUGGAAGGGGAGCCCUGGCCCAAGAGAUCAUCCAAGUGGACGGUGCCUUCGAUCGUGCCUAUUUGGUGAUUGUCAACAGCCACGUCCAGAAUAUAUUCGCUUUCAAUCACACCGUUUCACGGAACAAGACAGAGGGGGUCCGCGUCCAUGUGAAUGUUCUCUCCGAGCAGUCCAAAAACCCGGUGUUGUUUGUCAUCCGACAACAGAAAGCAGUGCUCUCCUUCCAGGUGCCGUUGAUCCUCAGGGGGCUUUACCAGAGGAAUUACGCCUAUCAGGAUGUGAGUCGCACGCUUUGUCAACCAGAGAUAAAGAGCGAAUCACAGAUGCAAUAUUUUUAUGUGGAUGUCUCAACGUUAUCGAAGAAAAACACCUCAGUCCAACUUUCUGUUAAACGCAUAGAACAUUUCGUCCUGAGAACUGCAGAACCAUUCCGAUUCAAUGCAACACCUGCACAACCUCAGUACUUUAAGUACAAGUUUCCUGAUGGGGAGGACUCAGUAAUAGUGAAGGUUACAUCUGAUUCAGCAUUUCCCUGUUCAGUUAUCUCCAUACAAGAUGUCCUGUGUCCAGUCAAUGAUUUGGAUAAUAACGUUGCAUUUAUUGGCACCUAUCAAACAAUGACUAAAAAAGCAGCGAUUACUGUACAGAAAAAGGAUUUCCCAAACAGCAGCUUUUAUGUGGUGGUGGUGGUGAAGACGGAGGAUGAGGCCUGUGGUGGAGCACUGCCUUUUUACCCAUUAAAACAAGAUGAGCCUGUAGAUCGAGGGAACCGGAGUAAGAUUCUGAAUGUGACUGUGAUGCCUGCUGUGAAUUCUGUGGCCUAUGUUAAAGGGACGUUGUUCAGUCUGGGAAUUUUCCUGGCAUUUUACCUGCUCACAUUGUUCAUUGCUUGCUGGGAGCACAGUCGACAGCAAAAGAAGAGAGAGAGACUUCUGGGGAAAAGUAUCUCAUCUGAUCAGUGUGUUUCAGCUGGUAGUUACACCCCCCAGAGCCCUGAUCUCUACACUGGAAGCUCGGCGUGUCAAAGCUAUGGCUCCUUUGAGAACGGUUCCAUUCUUGGAUCUGAAGCAAUCACAGAUAGCAUGGAGUCCGAUUCCACCUAUGGUUACAUGGAAAGGCCUCUGGAUAAUGUGACCCGCCCACGUCUUGAUUCUCUCAGCUCCAUCGAGGAAGAUGAGUACGACACCCUGGCAGACAUUGAUUCCGAUAAAAAUGUCAUCAGAACAAAGAGGUUUCUGUACGUCUCUGACCUUGCACGGAAGGACAAGCGGGUUCUCAGCAAAAAAUAUAAAAUUUAUUUCUGGAAUAUCGCGACAAUAGCAGUUUUCUACGCACUGCCAGUGAUUCAACUGGUCAUCACAUAUCAGACGGUAUUCAAUAUCACAGGAAAUCAAGACAUCUGUUACUACAAUUUCAUGUGUGCUCAUCCUCUUGGGGUCCUCAGUGCAUUUAACAAUAUCCUGAGUAACCUUGGAUACCUGAUGUUGGGUCUUCUGUUCUUGCUGAUUGUCUUACAACGUGAGAUUCUGCACAAACGGGCCCUCAUGCGGAAUGACAUCUGUGCAUUGGAAUGUGGAAUCCCUAAACAUUUUGGUUUGUUUUAUGCGAUGGGAACUGCUCUGAUGAUGGAAGGGCUACUCAGUGCCUGUUACCAUGUUUGUCCAAACUACACUAACUUCCAGUUUGACACAUCUUUCAUGUACAUGAUAGCAGGCCUCUGUAUGCUGAAACUGUAUGAGAAGCGACACCCGGACAUUAAUGCCAGUGCCUAUUCUGCUUAUGCCUGUCUUGCCUUAGUCAUAUUCUUCUCUGUGCUGGGAGUGGUCUUCGGGAAGGAUUACAUCGUGUUCUGGGCUGUUUUCUCCUUUAUUCACAUCCUGGCAACACUUUUGCUCAGUAUACAACUGUACUACAUGGGCCGCUGGAAACUUGAUACAGGGAUUUGCCGAAGGAUUAUUCAUGUGAUUUACACUGACCAUAUCCGACAGUGCAGCGGACCUGCCUACAUAGAUCGGAUGGUAUUACUUAUUAUGGGGAAUAUUGUGAACUGGUCACUAGCUGCGUACGGACUAAUUCUGAGACCCAAAGAUUUUGCAUCCUAUCUGCUGGCAAUAGGAAUCUGCAACUUGCUCCUCUACUUCGCGUUUUACAUCAUCAUGAAGCUCCGAAGUGGUGAAACAAUCAGGCCCAUUCCCCUGAUCUGUAUUAUCUGCACAGCUGUCGUCUGGGGAUUUGCUCUGUUUUUCUUCUUUCAGGGCCUCAGUACGUGGCAGAAAACCCCAGCAGAGUCCAGGGAGCACAACAGAGAAUGUAUCCUGCUUGACUUCUUUGAUGAUCAUGACAUUUGGCAUUUUUUGUCCUCUAUAGCACUAUUUGGAUCUUUCCUGAUCUUGUUGACUCUGGAUGAAGACCUGGAUCACGUGCAAAGAGACAAAAUCUAUGUCUUCUAAUUCCUAGUGGAGGAAACAGUGACCGCACAGCAGACUUUCUGCCUUUUGUCACCUGAAGCCUGUUCCUCUGGAGAAAAGGAGACAUGGGGUUAGCAUUGCUGCUGUGAGUGAACUAAGGAGGCGAUGGGAGACCUCAAGUGCCAGUCCCACUGCAGUAGCCCUUGAGCUGCCAGCUCUGGCAUUGAGAGCAACAUUUGCUAGUGGUGAUGUUUGUGCCAAUGCACUGGCCUUCAACUUGAAACGCUGUGCUGAAGAGAUGGAGAGCCUAUUGGCUUCUCUUGCCUCGAUCAGUCCCUUACCCUGUAAGGCAUAGCAUCAUCAUCCUCUCCUUUACCAGGUUACUUUUAAGAAAUGGCUCUUGACAUUCAUUUCGUGCAUAAUUACUUGGAAUAAAAGCAGGUUUGAGUGGCUACUGGAAAUGAAUGCUCUUCGCUGGAAAAACAAUUUUUCUGCACUUGUUUUAUUUUGCCAGUUCUGCCCAAAACUGUACUAAUGGAGGAAAAGGAAGGCACCCCUGGUUUUGAAAGCAAAAAGUUGCUUUUUCUGGGCUUUGCUACUCCAUUGGUAAUGUCCCUGUGUUUGCGCACAUAUGUCUUGAUGGUAGAUUGGCACUACACUCCGCUAUUGUGCUGAAUACAACCAUCAAAUGAAAGACUGAUGACCCUGUUCACCAUAGCUAAGUCACAAUAGAGUUCCUGUUGCUGGGGAAGCACUAGCUUUAGAAGUGGUAGAGGAAUUGAGCCAGAGUUCUAGAAGUUUAGUUAGGUACAGGUGAGGGGUGGCUUGCUGGGGGAUUUGGGCGUGGAAUUAGUGUUAAGGAUAGUAAAUUCACAACAUUAGCCCUGCAUACUCAUUACCUCAGGCAGAAUUACCUCUCUGUAGAAGGUUACGGGGUUAUACCUAAAGUGAAACAUCUCAAUCCAGACUCGGAUGUAAAACCAAUGCUCAAUGUUGCCAAAAGGAAUAAUGAGGCAAAAGAACUGCAGAUGCUGGACUGCGAAGUAGGCAGGCAGGAGGCUGGAAGGACACACAGCAAGCCAGGCAUCAUCAGGAGGUGCAGAAGUCAGUUUUUCAGGUGUAACUCCUCUUCAGUCCUGUGUUCUUCCAGCCUCCUGCGUGUCUAAAAAGGAAUAAGGAAGCUACGAUCCACAAUAAACAAAAACUUCUACUGGUGCUGUUGUGACAUGAAGGCUGAAUUCGACACUGAGAGUUCAUGUAAAUGAAAAUCCAAUGUCCAGUUGGCAGAUAGUGAAAGUGUACCUUUACAUUUUAUCUGAUUUGUGUGUAAUUUGGGAAUACUUGGUGCUAUCACUCAGUGUAAUGUACGAAAAUAUUUCCUUACUCAUCUUAAUGUUAUGGGUGUGGGACAGUAAGGGAAUUGCCUUCUGUACAUUCUGCAUUGUAGCAAGCACAUAAUUAAUCUAGGAUUUAUCAUUGUACACUGUUUAAUGUGCUCAGGUGACCUCCCUAAACCUUUCCAGUUACUUAGAAUAUUUACAUGUUGUCGAUAUGUCAGUUGCAGACACACAUUACACCACAAAUAACAUCUGUUUAUCCAUUUAAAUCAAGUGCACUUUGCAAUUGGUCAAUGUCCCUAAUUUUCUGUAAUGGCAGAUAAUUUCAUAUUGAGCUUUAUGUAGUAGGCAUUUGUAACUCAGAGUCUAGCUUUUGGAAAGACUUAGAACACCAGCUUACUCAGCUUAGUGAUGAUACAACUCCAUUUGAAAUGGAUUGAUGGCGAUGACAGUGUAUUUUUAAGGAGCUCACCCACUAGGACAUGUGACUGAAGGGCUAGAGUGGUGCUUUUGGAUGUAUAUAUCGUUUUAUUGUUGCACUUAAUCUCUAGUUCAACAUACGACAAGUGACAAGAGAUCCUUCAAACUUCCAAAUUUGCCAAGUGUUAUACAACAUGUUGCCCAACAUUUGAUAACCCAUUCCCCAAGGACAAUGCAAUCACCUGUUCGUGUUUUCAGGUCUCUUGCCAUGGCACUUGCUUUUUCCCUAUCCAUAUUCACACAUUAGACUCAUAAUAAUUGGAAUGUGUCGAUUCAGAGUGUUAGAAAAUGAUUCUUAUAAAGCUACUGUUUGCAAAGAACAAUAAUGUUAAUCAUAAUUCAAAUAGCUAGACUUGAUCUUUAAAUGAAAUGAGUAAUAAUUGCUGCCAUAAUUGAAUGCUGCUACAUUUAAUGUACCGUCCUACUGUCAUUGUGAAGUGUCAAGCUACUCAGUAACAACAUUCUACUCUGGGUUACCUCAAGGAAUCAGAUAGCAGGUUUCUUGAUUUUUAUUUUAAAUCUUCCUUUUGAGUUCAGUACAAUGCUUUGGAAUAUUUUACAGAUUAUAGUGCCUGGCAUUUGUGCAGUCACCUAUUGAGGGUCUUAAGUGUAAUCGCCAUUUUCUAAACACCACACAUAGAGGGUUGACAGAGUAAGGGCUGUAACUUGUUGGCUAGACUUGGUGUGGAGGAGAGUGAGCUCCUUCACCUAGACUAAGGCAAGGAAUAAUCAGGAGACAGAGUCCUGUACU